AUGGUCGCAGACGCUUUGAUCUACCACCCGACGGUGUCGCACUACCUCAAGUUUGUCGCGACGACUGUCGGUCGCGACAAGGUGCUCCGUACCCUCCAAUACUUUUCCCGCUUUCUUGCGUGGUACCUCUACCGCACCAACCGCCCUGCCUCCACCAUUGCACCCUAUGAGGCUACCAAGAAGACCUUUGGCGCAACACGCAAGCUUAUGCGCGUGGGAAAGUUUGUCGAGCACUUCCGCGCUGCGGCGGUAGCGAGUGAUGCUAAGAGCAUGGAUCCGGUGCUGAGGUUCACGGCGAUUGGGAGACAGUUGGGAUAUGCAUUUUACAUGCUUUGCGACAAUGCUUGUGUGCUCGACGCAACCAACAUCCGCAAACACUCCCUCUCUGCCCGCCUCACCCGCGAAGGCUACCGCGCCUGGUUCACGGGAAUUUCCUUCUCCAUCGCUUCGGGCAUCUACUCGUACUACAACCUGCUGCAGCGCUCCAAGGCUAUUACCUCCUCGGCCGACCCGGAGAAGGUCGUGGAGAAGAAGAAGGUGGAGAAGGAACUCAAUGCUGUCAAGGUGCAGUUGGUCAGCGAUCUUUGCGACAUUACAAUUCCGAUGAGUGCGUUGGGUUGGGUGGAUUUGGACGAUGGAAUUGUCGGCUUGGCGGGUACGACGAGUUCGCUCUUGGGGGUUUGGGGGGCUUGGAGGAAGACGGCUUAG